GGUGUUCAGGUGUGUUUGGGGUGUCCGCGAUGGCCGCCUUCAGCGGGAUGUUGGUGCUCUUGGCGGUGCUGGUGUCGACGACGUCGGCGUUCUUCUUAAACUGGGGCUCGUCCAACCAGGAGACAAGUCCUGCGUACCCUCAGUACUUCUACCACCAGCGACUCAUGCAGCCUCCGGGUUACACGGAACCACCGGUCGCCGUGUCCGUGCCCUCGAUACCAGUGCAAGUACCACUGCAGGCGCAACUCGCUCCCGCAGCCGUCCACAACGUGCAACUGGUACCUUGUCUGUGUCCCGUUUCCCAGGAUUUCGAGUACGACAAAGUACCGCAGGAGUACGUGGUGACCAAUCAGCACAAAACUACUUGAAAACAUCCUCAAGGAAGCUGCU